CUGUGGCGCUAUUUACUUCUCGCAGAUUCUGCAUGUCCAGUUUUCUUCGACUUUUCCUCCUCCAACCACCAAUCUCUGCAACACCCGAAAAAGUUGUAGCAAAAAACAGAGGAGCAGAAAUGGACAAGGGACCAACCAAAUUCGUAUAAGGUCCCUGCGUAAUGUCUCCCUCGCGCUCCCCCUCCUCCUCUCUCUGCUUUUUGCUUGGCUUCUUUCCGAAACCAAGAAUGGAACUUCGUGCACUCGCAGUAGUAUCGGUUGUGUAGUGCGCACGCGCUUUUUUUGCGCUUCCGGGUCUUUGCUUUUCCGUCCAAAACGCUGCUUUUUGGGAGCGAGUCACUUGGUCGGCGACACCCUUUGAAGCAGGAGUGCUGAAAAGGCAAGAAACUCGGUUGGUUGUGUUGAGGAAAAGGGGCUGCCGUUUGGAGGGGAUUGUUAGCUGAUGAAGUUCAACAUGUCCACCGCGGCGAGGAGACAGAAAUGGCAACAUUACCCGACACCCCCGACGCCGAGGAUCCUCCAACUGCCGGGCAGGCCACGCCGGAGGCCGCCGAGGGCGGCGAGGACAGCCGCUGGAGAAUCGAGAAGCAGGGACCGGACGGGGAAGCUGGAGGCCCUGUUCGACCAGGAGCGCAAGUUCUUGGGAGGCGGCGCGGGCGUGCCUAUAGUGCUUUUGGCGCACCCCGAUGAGAGGAGAGAGAGGGUCGAGGAUGGAGGAGAGAACGAGUACGAGGAGGGCGGUGGCGGUGGCCGCGGCGAGGCGGUGGUGGAGGAGGAGACGUGGAGGUUUCAGGCGGAGGUCUUGAGGGCAGAGUGUAACUUGUUGAGGAUGGAGAAAGAGAUCGCUCUGAAGAAACUGGAUAGGACGAGGAUCAACAUGGAGAGGUCUCUCAAAUGUGCUAUUCAAACUUUGAUCCAUGGGAAGAAAAAAGUCUUUGAAGGAGACAGUUUGAGGGCAGUUUUUGACGGGGAGAUAAUAGAGCAUUUGGUUGGGAAGCUCAAAGAGCUGAGAAAGAGCCUGAAGGUCAAGGAUUUCGGCGCUCGAAACUGCAGCAAUUUCGACGAGCAAGUGAACGUUCUGCAGAGAAGGUUAAAGAAGCUCGGUGGCACGUCGUCAUCCAAAGACAAACCCGUGAACGAGAUUAGGAAGAUUGUGGAAGCAAGCUUGUCGACUGAUUUCAACUGGGGAGUAGACGAGAAUGGAACUCCUGAUCACGAUCACGAUCACGAUCACAAAGUCGAUGUCUUGACGACGAAAAUGGAAGAAUUGUCGAAGGACAUGCUCUUGGAGAGGAUGGAGGAGGAGUACGGCUCGAUGCUCUCUGCAGCCAACAGAUCCGUGGCCAGUUCGGCAUCCACUUCCAAGCGAAGCGAAUGGCCUUCUUCAGCCGCCUUGAUCUGUCAACCCAACCAGGAGAUAGUGUCCCGCAUCGACGGUGUGUGCUCGGGGCAUUGCAAGUCCGUAGUUAGGAGGAUCAUAGAGCAGGUCCGAGUGGAGACAGAGCAAUGGUCUCAAAUGCAGGAGAUGCUUGCACAGGUAAGAAGCGAAAUGGAACAGUUGCAGGCGUCUCGAGACUUCUGGGAAGACCGAGCUCUCAAAUCCGAUGCUCAUAUGCAGUCACUAUGCUCAGCGGUGCAAGAAUGGAGACAGAGAGCUCUCUCUUCUGAGGCCGAGGCGAACGAGCUGCGACAGCGAGCAUCCGAGCUUCAGGAAGAGAUCCAGAGGUCGAGGAAAGAGCGAGACAAGGCGAGGCAUUUGCCGCAGAACGAGACGGAGAAGCGGGUCCUGAUCUGUCGCCUGAAGGAAAACCGCCACGAUCACCUCCACGAGUGCAAGCAGAACGAGGCUCUGGGCGAUAGGAGAAGGAAAGUGCACACGAGCACCAGCAGGCUCGCGGCGGCUCCGAAGCUGUACCCAUUUCGAGAUAUCGGCAAUUCAUCGCCAAUGUCGAGGCAAAGUAGCAAAUGAUAAGUCAUUGUUCCCUGCACACGGUUGACUAAAGUUGGAGCUUUUUGAAGAGAUCAUCAGCUUUGAGCUUCCCGUUACCUCGUCUGCAGUUGCAUGAGCAAGCUUUCAACCUUACCAUGUUUGCUCGAAUGAGAUGACGAAUUGCCAUAAGCCCUUUCUUUGAAUUCUUAUCCAUCAUUGGUGAUGAGUAUUAUAACACCCCAAGUUGGUGAAAGGAUUAGAUUUGCGUGGUUUUGCAAGGUGUCUUAUUAUUAUUCGAGCGUCGUGCAUGAACAUUAUCCCCACUAAAGCAUGGGUCUUUAAUCGGGUCCUUGUUAAGCAUA